AAUUUACCAAUAAGAUUUGACUGAUAGGUGAGCAGCCGAAUCAGCGGUCCGCUUGUGACUCACACUUGCCAAUAGGAAAGCGCUUCCUUAGCAGAAUCCGGCUGCUGGUUUCGGUUUUGAACCAAAGUGAGACAGAAAAAUAACAGGCAUCAUGUCUAUUAUGUCAUAUAAUGGAGGGGCUGUCAUGGCCAUGAGGGGAAAGGAUUGUGUAGCCAUUGCUGCUGACCGACGCUUUGGGGUUCAGGCACAGAUGGUGACCACCGACUUUCAGAAGAUCUUUCCAAUGGGUGACAGACUCUACAUCGGUUUGGCAGGCCUGGCGACGGAUGUACAGACAGUAUCUCAGCGUCUUAAGUUCAGACUAAACCUCUAUGAGCUGAAAGAGGGUCGUCAAAUUAAACCAAAAACCUUCAUGAGCAUGGUGUCUAAUCUUCUUUAUGAGAGGAGAUUUGGCCCAUACUAUAUCGAACCUGUUAUUGCUGGCUUAGACCCCAAAACCUUCCAACCGUUUAUAUGCUCCCUGGAUCUCAUCGGCUGUCCCAUGGUGACUGAAGAUUUUGUAGUGAGCGGAACAUGUUCUGAGCAGAUGUAUGGCAUGUGCGAGUCCCUGUGGGAGCCAGACAUGGGACCAGAAGACCUCUUUGAAACAAUUUCCCAGGCCAUGCUGAAUGCAGUGGAUAGAGAUGCAGUGUCUGGAAUGGGAGUAGUUGUACAUGUCAUAGAAAAAGAUAAAAUUACUACAAGGACACUGAAGGCACGGAUGGAUUAAUUGUAUCCAUAUAUCUUUUUGGCACUCUUGAUAAAUGUUGUUUUUUUCUUUUUAAUUAAAAAAAAAAUUAAUCAGUG